AUGAUGCUCUUGCUUUCGCUGGCGGCUGCUGCGCUGUGCCCCGUUUCCGUGGUGAAGACACGCAUGGAGGUUAGUGGGAGGUGGGGGAGGGGGGAUGGAAGAGAGGAGCUAGUGCUCUUGUUGGCGAGCACGCUGACGUUGAAACACGCGCUGGCUGCUGCUGCUGCUGCUGCUGCUGCUGCUGCUGCUGUGCGCU